GUGCACACGCGCGCUCGCGCUCGCCCCGUCGGGCGCCAUGUUCCAGCCGGGGGCGACUGCGGCCAAGCGCUGCUUCACCAUCGAGUCCCUGGUGGGCAAGGACAGCCACCCCCUGGGCGAAGAGCCCCUCCGACCGGCAGCCGCCUCCUCCCUCGGCUACCCGGCCAGCGCCGCCGUCGAGGCCUUCGCGCACGGCUUCCAGGGCUCGGCAGCCGCCGCUGGGCGCUCUCUCUACAGCAGCCCGGAGCUGCUUUUCCCCGAGGCCGUGAGCCACCCGCCCUCCCUGGCCGUCCACCCGCCCCAGCUGGCCACCUCGCACCUCCCGCCCUCGCCGCACCCCUUCUUCGGCGCCCAGCCCCGCGACCCGCUCAACUUCUACCCGUGGGUGCUCCGCAACCGCUUCUUCGGGCAUCGCUUCCAAGGCGGCGAAGUGUCCCAGGAGAGCCUGCUCUUACACGGCCCCUUUGCCAGGAAGCCCAAGAGGAUCCGCACGGCCUUCUCGCCCUCGCAGCUCCUGCGACUGGAGCGGGCCUUUGAGAAGAACCACUAUGUGGUGGGGGCAGAACGCAAGCAGCUGGCCAGCAGCCUCAGCCUCUCAGAGACCCAGGUGAAGGUCUGGUUCCAGAACAGGAGGACUAAAUACAAGAGGCAGAAGUUGGAAGAGGAAGGCCCAGAGUCGGACCAGAAGAAGAAAGGCUCCCACCACAUCAACCGAUGGCGGAUCGCCACCAAGCAAUCCAACGGAGAAGACAUUGACGUCACGUCCAACGACUAGGAGGGAGGUGGGGGGAGGCUGCUGGCAAGACAGUUCGCGGACAGGACCGUGUGGGAAGGGGGGGGGACCAACUAUGGAGACUGAGCCAGGACAGGGCAGCCUCCUGCUGCCACACGUGGGCUGUCCUCCGUGGGCCACGCGUGGGGGAACGCACUUCGCCUCGGAGCCCCCUCCUCCCUGGGGCUCCCGCCAGCCCUCCAGUCC